CAUUCUUUCUCAUGGAUGAAAAUAAUCCUAUUUAAGGUGACAACUCCAUCAUCCUCAAAGUUCACUUGUGCUUCAACUUAUUGCAAUGGAUACAGGGAGAUCAAUCCGGGUUCGAUUUUCAUUUACAUUUCUAGUCUUAACCCUGGUGUUGGUCUUUGGUGUGACAUCGGGUGCGGACGACAAAGACAAGGAAGAGUGCACGGAGCAGUUGGUGGGACUGGCGACAUGUUUGCCAUACGUCGGUGGCAAUGCGAAAUCUCCGACACCUGAUUGUUGCAGUGGAUUGAAACAAGUGUUGAACACGAACAAAAAGUGUUUGUGUGUGGUGAUAAAAGAUAGAAAUGAUCCAGAUUUAGGCCUCACUAUCAAUGUUACUCUUGCGUUAGGCCUCCCUACGGUUUGUCAUGCACCAGCCAAUGUUUCAAAAUGUCCAGAACUUCUCCAUUUGGCUCCUAAUUCAACGGAUGCUCAGAUCUUCAAUCAAUAUGGUCGUUCUUCUAAUGCUGGUCCUGCUAGCAGCCCUAUCCCAAGUGCGAGUGCUAAUAUGACAAGCACUAGAGGCUCUGCAACGAAUCUUAAGCAACCGGGUGGCAAUAUAAGCAACAACGGAAGAACGUGGUUAAAAUUAGAAGUCAUUCUUAUGAUAAUCGUUUCGAGCAUUUUCACUUCAGCUUCGAUUAUGUAAUUUUCUAGUUGUUUUACAUUUGUAUUUUUGUCUGGUGCACUAUCGAUCUUAAGUGUGCUCAAUGUUUCAUCAUCUCUUUUCUUUUAAA